AUGACUGAAAUUGAAUUAUCGAGGAUCGAUUACACCAUUAUAGGCAUAACUAACCCGAAUUGUUUGCAACUCAUUCCCAGCGACAGCGAAAAAGAUCCUCAAAGAGUAGCAGUAGCCGAUGUGGAUGGGAUUUUGCAAGUUUUUUCGGUGAAAAAAGACGAUAUCCAGAUCCAUUUCAAAACGCUACCAGGCCCACCGAUUGCAUCCGUAAAGAUAGCAGGAGCGCAAGACGGUCCCACAGACAAAAUAUUCGUAUGCGCAGGCAACGAAGUAAGAGGCUACACCAAAAAGGGAAAGCUAUUCCUAACCUUCGAUUCUGGAUUAACAGAAGCUAUUAGUACCAUGUUCGUCCUGGGCAACGACCUAAUCCUCUGCGGCAAGCACGUUUACACGCACUUCAAGGACUGCAAGGACAACGGUUCUUAUUUAUGCGGAGACAGGAUAGUAGAUGUCAUUGCAUUCAACAGCAAUCGCAGAUUGAUAUCGCUGAUAGCCUGCGAAGGGCGCAUGAUAAGGGCCUUAGAACACGCCCGGGUCACUCUCAGCAUGGAGGUGGACAGUUCUCCUACUGUACUUCACAUUUACCGGACAGAAAACGAUGAUACGGUACUGUUCGGUACCGCCGACGGGCGCGUAGGCAUCUUGGACGUCGAAAAUUUGCAGGGUUUUCGCAGGUGGCUGGUCUCUAAUCCUGCUAGUACCAGUCCGAUAUGCGCCAUAGAUAGCUACGAUUUGAUCGGCAUCGAUCGAAAUCAAUUGAUCAUCGGCAGACAAGAUGGCUCCAUCGAAGUUUACCACGUCAAUACGACUGACUUAUCCGAUGACACUAAACUCUUAUACAAAUAUGUUUGCAACGAGAGCGUGAGCGGCUUGAAAUGCGGCGUUGCCGCUUCGAGCGGUUACGACGAGAUUUUGGUGGUGACCUAUACUGGUCGGGUGUUCGGUCUAACCACUCAAACGAUCGAAACCGUCGUGGAUAAUUCGGCUUCGGGCUUCAUUUCGUCGGCCGAUACAUCGCAGAAGAUAUUCAAAUUGAAAGCGGAUAUAGACGAAUUGAAGAAUAAAAUACUGAAGGAACGGGAGAAAUAUCAAUUAUCUUCAUCGCUCGCUUACUACAACGAAGUUUCUGCUAUACCUUUAUUGAUGGUUAAAGAUUCUUUUGUUUUAGACAGGAAUUCUUCUACUUACAAUCUUUCAAUCGAAGUACCCACAGCAAUCGAUAAUAUCCUACUACAAUGCAACACCGAAAUCGAUUUAAUAGACGUGGAAAAGAAUUCAGCUGUAGUCAGUUACAGCCAAUCCCGCAUAACAGAGGAAAACUACCUGCUAGCCACCUAUCGUUGCCAAAUCAACACGAACCGCCUGGACCUGAAAAUCCGCCCUAUCGAAGGCAAAAAGGGCCUGUUGCAGGUCUACGUCACGCCGCUGGUGCAGCCGAAAUGCAGCCGGGUCAUCAAAUACGAGAUUAAAGCUCUGUCGUUGCACUACAGGUUGCACCAACUCGAUUGCAACAGGCCUUUUAACGCGCUGGUUAUCAAAGGGUCUUUCAGUUUGGCCGAGUUCCAUUCGUGGUUGAACCAAUGUUUACCGGAGGUGCCUGAGAAGCCUCAAAUUUCCGAAAAAACCGUCCUUUAUUUCGGCUCCAGCUCGUUCGACAGCGUCUUGGAGUGUUCUUACAGGAAAGGCGAGGCCGAAUUCAGAUCUGACAACAUCUCGACAAUAUCCACUUUAAAAGAAAAUUUAACGCUAGAAGCCACCAAAAAGAAGGUGAAAAUUGAGAUCAGUACAGCCAUCAGCGAGGAAUCGGUGAAUUUCCUGCUGAAAUCGGCCGAAGCGAAAUUCGCGGAGCGCCGGAAAUUCGCCGACGAUUCGAUCCUGUUGAAGGCGUUAGUUGAAGAAUUGGAAAUCGCCGAUGAAGAAACGCGCGAUUCCUUAUCGGAGAAAUACAGCGAUUUGUUGAAAAGGGCCGGGGAAAUCGAACGGGGCGCUCCCGACAAUUCCGGCUGUCUGCGAAGGAUUUACGAUACUCUGUGCCAGUUGUACGUGGAUUACUACAAAUUCAAAGGGAUGAAUGUGGAAUCGAGAACGGGAGCUUUCAGGGAAGCUUUGGAAACUUACGAUUACGAUAACGUGAUGAAAUUUUUCCGAAUUAACGAUAAAAAAUGA